AUGGCAAAUAUUGCGGCUCAAAGAAUAAAACGCGAAUUCAAGGAGGUUAUCAAAAGUGAAGAGGUGGCCAAAUGUGCGAUCAGAGUGGAGCUGGUAAAUGACAGUUUUACUGAAUUAAAAGGAGAAAUUGCUGGUCCUCCAGACACGCCGUAUGAGGGUGGGAAUUUCGUUUUAGAGAUUAAAGUACCAGAAACUUAUCCAUUCAAUCCACCAAAGGUGAGAUUUAUUACAAAAAUUUGGCACCCUAAUAUAUCAUCAGUUACCGGUGCUAUAUGUCUAGAUAUUUUAAAAGAUCAAUGGGCAGCGGCUAUGACUCUUAGAACUGUGUUAUUAAGUUUGCAAGCAUUAUUGUCAGCAGCAGAGCCAGAUGAUCCCCAAGAUGCUGUAGUAGCGAAACAAUAUAAAGAACACCCAGAAAUGUUUCGUCAAACUGCAAAACACUGGACAUCUGUCUACGCUGGAGGUCCUGCAAAAAUGCCUGAACUUACGGAUAAAAUAAGACGACUCACAGACAUGGGGAUUGAUGAACACAACGCGCGAGUAGCUCUGUCCUCGUACAACUGGGAUUUAGAAAGAGCUACUGAGCAAUUAUUCAGUUAG